UAUUUGUAAAAUUUUGACGAAUUUCGUCGAGUGAACUCGUUCGAGUAAUUUUGUUGUGGAAUUCUUUCCGAAGCUUUGCAUUUAUCAAAGCUAUAAUUUUCUUCUACCGAAAUCUAUUCUAGUUACAUGUUACUAUAUUAUUUUAAACUUAGGCUGACUUGGGAAUGAGGUGUCUUCGAUGAAAACAAUUUCUAGUGCCUACGUAUUUCCUACAAUGAUUAAUCUUUUAGGGCAAGGUUCCUCGUUAUUUUAUGUAAAUUAGUAUGGAUGGGAGUGACGUAUCGAACAGUGUGUGUUGUCAUCACGUGCUAGUGUGAUCGCGGAGGCUUGCUGUGAGGGGUCGUGUGUCGUGAUCGCUGUUCGCAUAGAGAAGUCAUUGGCAUCGCUGCCUUCAAUAUCAGUUGUUUGUGACUGAUGGGCAUUUAGUGCAAGCGUGUGAGGUUUGUCGCAAUGGCACCGAAGCCCCCGCCGCCGCCUGGUCCGCCUCCUCCGCCCGGGCCGCCUCCGCCGCCUAUAUUCGGGGGUUCGUCCAAAGGAGGCUCCUCUGACGACAGAAGUGCCUUGUUGAGUUCCAUUAGACAGGGUGCGAGGUUGAAAAAGACUGUUACAGUGGACAAAAGUGGACCAUACAUACCUGGGAAGGUUUCAAAUGUGGAAACUAAAAGUAGUGGCCCGGUUGGAAAUGGAGUUCGGAGUGGAGCCAUGCAAAAUGGUGGUGGGGCUCUCCCACUCGGAGGCCUGUUUGCUGGGGGCAUGCCAAAACUGAGGUCUACUGGGAAACUGGGUGGAUCAACACAAAAUGGUCAAGCGAAGAUGGAUGCGCCGCGGUUUCCACCGCCGCAGCAGCCAACGAAGUCAUCCCCAGAGAGGAGUAGGCCGGCGAUGCCCGCGCCGCCUGGAAGCGUCGGGGCGCUAACCGCGGCGCUUUCCGAAGCCCUAGCUGGACGGGAGCGAGGAGAAUCCGCUAGGGAUCACCACAGAGAGUCGCCUAGAGAGUCGCCCAGAGAGCCAGUUAGAGAGAUCCAUAGAGAGCCGCCGAGGGAGCCCCCGCCGGCACGGCCCGUCGUCAGGCGGCAGCCCAGCGAUAUCAGAGUGAGGGGACCACCUCCUCAACCCCCUGUGCAGAAACCCGCGAUGCCAUUGAGCUCAUCAGACUCUGUUCUGACGACGGGUUCAAUCUCCGACCGGAUCAAUAACUUGCAGCAGCAGACAGCGGAACAAGCGCUGCCGACACAUGUCGCGACUACCCUACAGCGGAACAAAAGCGCGCUGCAUCCCGCGGGACAGGGCUCGCUGGGCGGCAGCAUGACCUCGCUAUCAUCAGCGCCGCCCACGCCCGCCCCAGCCGCCUCAUUAUCCACAUCGGACCUAUCGGAGCGCCCUCGGGUGUCCCACGGCAAGCCGCACGUGGCGCCCAAGCCGCCCGCCCCAGACGCGCGCCCUUCGCCGCCGCCCAAGAAACUUAUUAUCAACGGCAAGGGCGCGGCCAGGACGCAAAGUAUGAGAAUGCCUAGGUCGCCGCCGGUGUCUCCUCCCUCGCCACAGAGCGGCGGGCGUCCAAAUCUGCCGCCCAUGCCGUCUAAUCCGCCCAUUGGCACCAAGAACCCCGCCUCGCAUUUUGGCACGCUGCGAGCACCGCGCGGGCUGCGGCCGCCGGGCGUGUGCCCGCCGCCGCCGCCCACCGCCGCGCCGCCGCCGCCGCCCGCGCGACACGCCUCGCUCGCCGCCCCGCCGCCGCCGCCGCCGCACCACAGGCAGAACAGCAUAAACGGCGGCGUGUCCAUUGAAGCGGCGCCGGCGCCUCCUGUUCGCGGCUCCUCCAUGCGCGGUGACCUCGAAGCGCGCUUCGCGGAGCUAUUUCAACCGCCCGCGCGCUUCCCGCCGCCCGGCGCCUUCCUACGAGUCGCCAAAGGAUACAGCAGCGCCACCGUCGCCGGUAAGUACGCGUGAACAAAUGGGCCCGAUUGAAGUUAGUAAAGGGGACUUGGUGAAGGCUACCAUAUUGGUAACUGGGGGUAGUAAGCUAUUUGUUGAAAGGAAUAAAGUUAAACUGAAGGAAAUUAAGCUACCAUACUCGUAAAUGAGAAUAGACGUGUACUGUAGAAAUAAAAAAUUGAGGGUAGCUGCGCUACUGACUACCAUAUUACUGAGGAUAGUCGGCUAGUAACUAGUUGGAGGUAUAACUGAUAGACUACCCCCAGUGGACUACGAGUGAAGUCUUAGGAUCUAUGAUUUACGAUCAAUCAUUUUGCAAUAUCGUGGAUAAUAAACUAUCCCAUUAUGGUAGCCCGAGCCUGUGAAAGUCUGUAUUUAGUGCCUUAUAAAGAUGUGAUUGUUUGGUUCACUCGAAGCUGCUGCAGAAAGCAUGCAUAUGUUUUGUCCUGCUUUAUUUGUAUUUAAUAAAGGCAAAAGAUAGCUUGCUACUCGUCUAUUCCGAUUAAAUUUAUACUAUUGGUGAUUAUAAAAAUAUUUAAGAAAAAGUGCAGUCGAGGAAUAUCAUAAUGUGUACCUUGUCAGUACAUUUUCCGAUUCGGGCAUCUGAUUAUGUGGAAGGCUGCAGAAUUAAUAGUACAAUCCUGAUAAUUAUAAUAAUUCGACACAUUGUCGAGUUGCUAUAAGUUAACGAGACUCCACUUUAUUCGUUGAACAAUUUGAUAUUGGUGAUUAGUAAUACAUUGAAGUAUGUUUUUUGCGAUGUGCUUUACUUAGCAAAGUAUUUUGACUGAUAUACGAUUUUGAUUUACUGGCUAGUAACUAGAUAUAGCAACAUACAGCGUGUAAGGGGCAGAUUGGCAAGAACUUAAAAUCACAUUUCUGGGGUCAAACCUAGUAGAAUACCUUCUUGGAAAUAUCACUAUUGGGAGGGAUGAUAAUAUUUUUAUUAUUUGUAAGAUCAAGCUUAUAAAUAAAAUCAACUUUUCGAGAAACCUCUAAAAUAGCCACAUGUAAGUUACUUUGGUAUUAUUACGGAAAAAUUGAUUGUUUUCACGACAUAAUAAAGCUAAAACAUGUGGCAUCUAACGCAGUUGUGAUAAGAGCUAUUUUGUAACAACAAAAAAUUUGUGCUGUUUUUCAUUAUAGCAGAAAUAUACAAAGAUAUCCAGUUUGUGUCAGUAAUUUGUGUUCAUGGUUAAAGUUUCUGCCACUCUGUACCUUAUACCGGUAACUUGAACUUCAGGAGCAAAACGCACACAGACGUGCUCUGUAUAGUCAUAUAUAAAAUUAGUAUUAGUAUAUUUUAAGAUAGGUACAAGUCAUAAGUUGAUAUUGACAUAAUAAUUUUAGUUUACUCUGUAGAAUAAGAGUCAUAUUAAAUAUAUAAAUACCAAAAUCUAAAUAGAAGUAUUUCUAUAAUAAAUUGUUAUAAAUGUUAUUUUUGUUACUGUAUUCUGGUGCAUGAAUGCAUGUGCAAUGACUGUAGGUAUUUAGAUCCAAAGUGACCUUACUAUUUCUAUACUUUGAUACAAUUUACGAGUAUUCUCAAGUAAUUUAAUUUCCACUUCCUAACUUACACUUAUAUGUUUGAAUGUGUAUGUAUAAUUUUAUACUUAGUACAUUUUGUAAUGUUUGAAGUACAGAAAUUAUUAGGCGUAACUUUCGUAUUCUAGAUUGCAUUUAAAAUUUGUCAUUCCAGGAACUUGAAUCAAAUUAAUAUUUGGUCAAAACGAGUUAUACCUACUUACGGAAAUAGAAUCAGUGUGUUGGUUUUGGAGGGGGUUUACAUACGUUUUGGCUUCUGCAUUGAUGGGACACGUUUUUAAAUCAUUCACCUGGAAAUUCAUCGUCCAAAGUGCAAGUAUUUACAUUGCAUGAUGGAAGAGCACUGAUUAGUUCAUACAAAUUUUCAUCAUUCAUACAAUAUUGGCCAAGCAUUUAUCUAUCACCAAGUCUCAUUUUGUUUUUGCCAAUAAUUCAUAAUCGGGAACAAAUUGGCAUUUAAAUCAGCCAUUUCAAACCAAAUUAUCACACAUUUUAUAUUUAUUAUGCAAAUUAUAGUAUAUGCAUAGAUUUUGAACAUUUAAUGUCUAUUUUAAUAAUGUUGGUAUUAUUUUGGCAUAUUUAUACAUCAGAUAUAGUGUUAUGUUGAGUCAUUAUUUAAUUAUAUGUAUUAGUAGUUUAGUUGUUCUUUCAAAGGCAUAGGCGAUUAUUACUCGUAUCUAUUUUUGAUACUUUUUCUUUUAUACUGCUUUGUGUAUUAUUAUUACAAAUAUAAGAUUUAUAUUUUUCUUUAUUUACUUCGACACAAUCGAUACGCGUAGUAGUUGCCUAGUAUUGCACGAGUAGGAAUGUUAUAGAUGUUUAAAAAGGUUAUGUAGAUGGAAAUUGUUGUUGUGAUCUUUAUAAAUAUUAGUGAGGUGCCAUUUACUGCAAACUUAUGUACUUUAUCGUAUCUGUGACGGCUUAUAUAAUUCACUUUGUUUCAUUCUAUGUUUUAGUAACAUGAUUUCACUGAAAUACUUAACUACAUAAAUUAAAAAAGACAAAAUAUAUAAUUUUUCAAAGUAGUUGAGUAGUUCAGUGAAAUGAUCUACGCUUUUAAAAGCAACCGGUAUUGUGAUAGUGAUGUCUACGAUGCUUAAUAUUUAUAUUAUUUUUUAAUAAUAAAAGAUUAAUUAUAAAGUU